UAUUGAAAAGUCAAUCCUCUCUCCCCCUCCAAUUAUUCCCUUGCUACCUCCACUUGCAUAUCAAUCACCAAAAUUCCCCAAUCGAAACCCUAAUCUUCUUCACGAACCCUAAUCGGAUCAAAUCAACAUCUGCAUCAAUGGCGAGACGCACUCAAUCGAUCCUCAAACAACUCCUCAACCGCCACCCUCCACCCCUCUCCACCACCUCCAGAUCCGUCACCUACAUGCCCCGUCCCGGCGACGGCGCUCCACGCACCGUAACCCUAAUUCCAGGCGACGGCAUCGGUCCUCUCGUCACCGGAGCCGUGGAACAAGUCAUGGAGGCGAUGCACGCGCCGAUCUACUUCGAAAAGUUCGAUGUUCACGGCGACAUGAAGACGAUUCCGACGGAGGUUUUGGAUUCGAUCAGGAGGAAUAAGGUGUGUUUGAAAGGUGGAUUGAAUACGCCUAUGGGUGGAGGUGUGAGUUCGUUGAAUGUGCAGUUGAGGAAGGAGCUUGAUCUAUACGCGUCGCUUGUGAAUUGUUUUAAUUUGCCUGGGUUGGUGACACGCCAUGAGAAUGUGGAUAUUGUUGUGAUUAGGGAGAAUACUGAAGGGGAGUAUGCUGGGUUGGAGCAUGAGGUUGUUCCUGGUGUUGUCGAGAGUUUGAAGGUGAUCACAAAGUUCUGCUCAGAACGUAUUGCAAAAUACGCCUUCGAGUAUGCUUACCUCAACAACCGAAAAACAGUGACAGCUGUACACAAAGCAAAUAUUAUGAAACUGGCAGAUGGUUUGUUUCUAGAAUCAUGCAGAGAAAUUGCAAGCAAGUAUCCUAGCAUUAAAUACAAUGAAAUUAUCGUGGACAAUUGCUGCAUGCAGCUUGUUUCUAAGCCUGAACAAUUUGAUGUCAUGGUGACUCCUAAUCUUUAUGGAAAUUUGGUCUCAAAUACUGCUGCGGGUAUUGCCGGGGGUACCGGUGUCAUGCCUGGAGGUAAUGUGGGGGCUGAUCAUGCGGUAUUCGAGCAAGGUGCAUCGGCGGGAAAUGUCGGAAAACAGAAAUUUGUAGAGAGAAAGACUGCAAAUCCCGUUGCAUUGCUGAUGUCAUCAGCCAUGAUGCUUAGACAUCUUCAGUUCCCUUCGUUUGCAGACCGACUUGAGAACUCUGUGAAGAGUGUAAUUUUGGAGGGAAAAUACCGAACUAAAGAUCUUGGUGGGAACAGCACCACUCAGGAAGUCGUUGAUGCUGUCAUUGGUAAACUUGGAUGAUAGAGGUUUUCGUCAUUUUGUUGCUUUAUACAGGAUUUUUGCUUCUUUGGAGAUUCUGAUUUCUUUGUGAAUAACUUGGCCUUUGAGGCGGGAAUACUUGAAUAAGAACCAAUCAUGAUACGUUCAUGUUACGUAUUUAUUUGUGCUGAUUUGAACGAUGAGAUGUUACAUCGAGGAGGCAAUAUUAUUGUAGCAAAAUUCAAGUUCAAUUUCACUUGAAGCUAAACAUAGUUACCUUUUUUUGCUUU